UUGAAGGUCGUUUUCCGAUCGCAAAGUGUAUUUUUGUCCGCGCCGGGCUACCGUAGUCGGGCUAUCGCUAGUACCAAAGCGUCAGCCUUCUAUCUUCACGAGGAGACGAACGUUUUUUGAACGAUUUUCUGUUGAACACUCUGCCAAAUACAUUUUCUUUCUCUCGAUGGCUUCGUCAACGAUGAUCACCGUCCCCACGACCGCAUCCCGGUUCGCCCUGCUUCAGAUCGACUCGGAUUCGGAAUCCGACACCUCCGAUGUGGGAAAAACCGUCACCAAAACUGGACGAGAGUCCUCUGGGAAGAGCCGGCAGGGAAAGGCAGCAGCAGCCGGAGGGAAAGCGGCUCAGGGUAACGACAAGAAGAAAGACAAGAAAAAGAAAAAGAGAGAACAGCAGCAGAGUGAGGCUAAUGAGUUACGCAAUCUAGCAUUCAAGAAGAUUCCUCAGAAGUCAUGUGUCCCUCCUCCUUGUGUGACCCUUCAAGGAAUAGCCAGUGAACUACUCAGUCCUGCAGCAAGAGACCAAAAUAUACCUUCAGAGGGAUGGCAGCAGUGGAAGCAGCGGGAUGAGCAGAUUACUACGGAGCUGUAUGAAGCGGACUUGGAAAAGGCUUUGAUGCUUAGUAAACUUGAAUAUGAACAACAAAAACAGCAGAACAGUGCACAGACGUCCUCGCCUAAGUCACGAGGUGCUAAAGAAGGAGGAGGGAAGAAGGAGAAAAAGAAGAAUCAGCAGGUUAAAGACAAAAAGACAGUUUCUCUGCAGGACUUCCAGGCUGAAGGUAGUGUAGAACAUUUGAGUAAGAAGCAAGAGAAAGAGGAUACCAGAGUGACAAACACAGCCCUGGGACUUGGGCAGGAGGAACGCUUUUUUAAUAAAUUGGAAGAUGACGUUUGUCGAAUUAUUCAGCGGGAGAAGAGACGUGAGCAGUACGCUAAUAGCCAGGGUGAUGUCAACACAUCGACAGAACAUGAACCGGACCCUCGAGCAGAGCAGCUGAAGUAUGAGCUGGAGAAGAAAGACCAUGAGAUUGAUAAGCUAAAGAAGACCAUUUCACAAUGGGAGUUGAAAUACAGAGAGGUGAAAGCUAGAAAUUCACAGCUGCUGAAGAUGCUCCAACAGGGGGAGAUGAAAGAUAAAGCAGAAAUCCUUCUGCAGGUCGAAGAGCUGCUGCAUAUCAAAGAGGAGCUCUCAUCACAGGUGUCAUUACUACAUGCUGCACUUGAACAAGAAAGGUCUAAAGUGAAAGGUCUCCAGUCAGAACAGCCAAAACAUCAGGGAAACAAGCGAGGGAAGAAAGCCUCAGAGACAGAUAUAUGAAGAUUUCAGUGGACAACCAACAACCUGAACUGCAAAAUAAAGUUAAUGAACAAAUGAAGGAAAAACAAAGCACUACAGUGGUCAGGGUUCUUUAAUGUUGCAUUCACAUGUUGGUUGUAGGCAGCAGACUAGAUGAUUGAUUUUUCCACCACCACUCAUGGCCACACAGUGUGACAGCACUUGGCAUCAGAAAUGUAAAAUUUUCAACUUUUUCUACCUACCGCAGUGAGAAGAACAAACCCAAUAUCUUGUCUUUCAAGAUGAGGACAGAUGGGCAGUGAGAGAUACACUUUGUAGGUACAUACUCCUGUUUUUCAUAUCAGAUUAACGGGAGUAAUUUGUGACAUUACCAAAAGAACUGUAAUCUCAAUAAAAGUUGACUUUUAAGCAACUGUCAGAGCCAGAGCUUCCUGCUUUUAAUAUGUUGCGCAAAAUGCUACAAAUAUGUUCAAUUAAGUAAAUAAUUGUCCAUUUCGUUAGCACUGAAAAAUACCAACCCAUCACUUCAUCAUCUACCAUCUGCCACUGCAGAUGACAUCCUACCCACGACCGGAAUGAGUUUUCCACAAUCAUGCAAAUGCGGUUUAGGUUGUCAGUGUCUGCGUACAUGCACAUUGCAUCAUUCACUCCAAUCUUUGUAGUCAAGACUUUCAAAGACUUUAUUAAAAA